AUGGGAUCCGUGGACAGAUGGUUCGAGAAGCACCAGUCCAUUCCUAGCAAUUCCUAUUGCACGAUCCUAAAAAAAAAAAUUCCUAUUGCACGGGCGCGACCGCGACCGCGACCGCUAACACAACCACCCACGCACACAAUCCAAGACUGCCCCUGCCCCGGCCGCAGCGAAACUGAAAAAAGAAGAAAGACCACCCCGGCCGCCACCCGAAGCCCGCUGAUGGAGAGCCCCCGCGACGCCCACCUCUCGCCGUCGCCGGAGGCCGCGCGGAUGCUGCAGGAGAUGCUGCUCCGGGACCUCCGGGAGGCGGAUGGGCCCGAUCUGCCGGAGGAGCAGUUGCGCUCCAACGACCAGCUGCAGCAAGACGAGAUACUGGCACUUGAGGCAAUUUAUGGAGACAAUUUGAAUAUUUUUGGUGAAAAGUCUGUACCACGCUCCUUCCAGAUCCAUGUGCACUGUGAAAUUCCAGAUGGUAUCAGUGUGUCCACAGAACUCCAGAGUGUUGAUGAUUAUCCAGACAACCAGUUCACAUUCAGUGUCAAGCACUUGGCUCCAAUAUCACUGACAUGCCUUAUGCCUCCAUCGUACCCGAGCCAUCAUCCUCCAUACUUCUCUCUCGGUGUACAGUGGUUGGAUAGUGUGAAGGUCUCGACCCUUUGUCACAUGCUUGACUCGAUUUGGGCACAGCAGUCUGGACAGGAAGUUGUUUUUGAGUGGGUGCAGUGGCUGCAGAGCUCUACGCUCUCUCAUCUUGGUUUUGAUGGCGGGAUAAUCAUACGCAAGUCUGAUUGUCCUGUGGCUCCUGUGGAUGCUCGGGUUGUUGGAGAGAUUCUGUCUGUAGAGGAGGUUGUUCAACAGUUGAUCAGCUAUGAUGAAGAGCAAUGCCUUGAAACAUUUCGUCGUGGCCUCCAUGUCUGCACAAUUUGUUUCAGUGAGCACCCAGGCAUAGACUUCGUAGAACUUCCAUGCCGUCAUUACUACUGCUGGAGGUGCAUGGAGACAUACUCAAAGUUGCAUGUCAAGGAAGGAUCAGUCCUGAAAUUGGUGUGCCCUGAUGACAAAUGUGGAUGUUCUAUUCCUCCUAAACUAUUGAAGAAGUUGCUUGGAGAUGCAGGUUUUGAACGGUGGGAAAGAUUGGUAUUUCAGAAGACUCUAGACUCAAGGGCUGAUGUAGCUUACUGUCCAAGAUGUGAAACAGCUUGCCUGGCAGAUGAGGACAGCGCCCAGUGCUCCAAUUGCCUCUUCACCUUCUGCGUCCGCUGCAGAAAUCGUCGCCAUGUAGGGGAGAGAUGCAUGACUCCAGAAGAAAAACUUAUUUCUGUACAGGAGCGUGAGAAGGCACGCAACUUGAGCAAAGGCAAUGCUGGACGUAAAGUCUCUGCGAGUGAUAUAUUUAGCAUCAAGGAAAUACUCCGUUCUUCUGUUAUGUGUCCGCAUUGUGGCUUUGCCAUCUCACGCGUGUCAGGCUGUGACCAGAUGCUUUGCAGAAACUGUGAGAAGUCGUUCUGUUAUGCCUGUGGCAAGCCAUCAAGUCAAGGUCAUACAAGUGAACAAUGCAAAAUCGAUAGGGAGAAGCUGAGAGUGAAGGUGGAAGUGAAUGAUGUCGUCAGAAACAUGCAGAAAGAGCUGAAACUGGCACUGUCCAGAGCGCAUCCGUGCCCGGGUUGCCGCCAGCCGAAUUUCAAGGUUGGGAACAACAACCACAUCUUCUGCGAGACAUGCCGGGUUCAUUACUGCGCUCUGUGCCACACGGUGGUGCGAAAGAGCAAGGAGCACUAUGGCCCCCGAGGGUGCAAGCAGCACACUGUCGACCCCGACUUUGUCUAG